AUGGUGGCCCGCGGGGCACGGACGGAGAGGGGGCCCGGCCCCCUGGGCCGCCCAGCUCAGCGCCGCCCGCGGGCUCCUGCGCGCAUCGGGGGCUGGGCCGGGCUGGGGCCGCGCUGCCUCCCGCGCUGCGCAGCGCUCCGCGUUCGCCUAUUGAUCUGCUCCGCGGCGGCGGCGGCGGCGGCGGCGGCGAGGAGCCAGACUCCAGGCACUGUCCGCGGCGUAGGAAAAAAGCUAGAAGAAUUCGCGAAGGGUGAAGGGCCCCGAAGGCACCCCCCUCCAAACCCAUACGCGUACUCAAGAAGGCGCCCAGGUCCCGGGCGGAAGCGGCCUCUUCGCUACCCUAGUGUCCAGCAGAGAUCAGCCCCGCCCUGGCCCGGGCGAUCCGCGCUUCAAGUCGGGACUCAGCGUCGUAGGCGGCCGAGCCCCGACGUGGCACUGGCUCCCCAACUCGACCGGGCCAACGGAACCCGGCUCCGGACUGAACUCUGGGGUUCGAGGACAGCCGAACCAUUUCCAGAGCUUUUUAAUCCAAGGGAUGAGGUCAAAGUGACACACUCGCACAGGGAGGAAAAGCAGGUGCACGGGAAGCUGAUUUGGGAAAGGCACGCGCGCACAAACGUGCCGCACACAAAAGCUUCUCCGUCUUUUCGCCUUCUUCCAACGUUCCCGGCUCACAAAGCGCUUCGGAGUCUUGCUGUAGGCGCUCUCUCUACGCGGCCCAGAGUGUGGCAGUGCACGGAGAGGGUGUCCCUAGCACACGUUUGGUGCACGCAGCAGCGUUCGCUGGACUCGCACCUGGGGCCGCGCGGCCCGACGUACGCCCAGGGGCCGCGCGGCCCGCCAGGCUCAAGGGCAGCGCCGCGCGCUGAAAGCCAGCAGCUAGCCACCAGGCCCACUUCCCGCCCCUUCCUCGCCCAGCCCCAGGGUGCGCGCGCGUCCCCGUCGAGGGGCGCCGCUGUCGCCCUAGGUCUCCCCGCCGAGGCCCAUCUUCAGUCCUUCUCUCCCAGAACCGAAAUCCCCGGGCUGCAGUGCGGCCGGCGAUCCCUCCGCUUCCUGCAGACGCCGCGGCGCACGCUCCCACCGCUCCCUCCCCCCGCGCUCGGGUUACAGCAGCCCUGCAGACACCCGGAGUGCGUGGCCUGGCGUCCUCACCGGGAGCGAUUUGCAUCAGGCCAGAAUCCGGACCCCGGGCAUCCCAGGGGGCGCGGGCCGGUGGCCUCCAGAGCCGCCCCGGAACGGGCUGCCGCUCCCCACCAGCCGCCAGGGCCUCGGAGCCGGUCCCUGCGUCCCGAGAAGCGUCGGGGAAACUUUGGGAGAAACUUUGCCAACUUUGCUCUCGGCGAGGGAGAGGCCGCCCGGCCGGCCGCGGCGGCUGCGGGCCGCGACGCGCAGAGUGGGCCCCAAGUCAGCCCUGGGCACCCCGGAGCCUGCAGGGCAGCCCAAGGAGGGGUGCGAGGCCGGCUGGCGGCCCCUGGCUCCCCGCUGCGCCCCUGCGCGUCCCCCACCUAGCCCUCGGCCCCCGUCUCCGAGCGGCCCGCGACUCGCAGCGCCCAGGAUGGCCGAGAUCGAAAACCUGGCCUUCAGCGCAAGUGAUCUGAUUUUUCUUUACCUCUCCACGAUCAUCCUUUUUCCACCUGACUUGAGCAGUUUCACUGCCUCCCUCUCCUUUGUUUUCCUCUCCCCGUCUGUGUCUGUCUGUCCCACUUUCUGAGUAUUCGAUUUCUAACUCAUUCAUUUCCAUUCUUUCCUCCGCGCGCUCCCCAUUUCGUGGUUUUAUCCGCUCCUCUGGACCACUUCGCAGUUACUUUUCUCAGUUUUGCUCCUUGCCCCUUCCCUUAUUUUGUCUGUUUUUAUCCCUGUCUGCCUCUGUGACUGCCCCUCGCCCUCACCCUCAUUUCUCCAUCCACCUUUCUUUCUUUCGUUCAUCCUAAUCUAUUUCCUUCUCCGAUUCCUUGGUCUGCGUCUCAGGCUCUGCUGCGCUUGUAUUUUCUCUCUUCUCCUCUUCCUCCCCGGGACGUGUCCCCUCCCCCCCCCCCCCCCCCCCCGGGGAUCUGCCUUCCCUGCGGCGCCCCCUCCUCAUCCAUCUUGGGAGAUGAAUAUGUCGCCUUAUUGGAUGCCGAGGCCGGAGCCGGGUGAUGGGGCUCGGCCAGCCUAGUGCAUUUUCUUCAUGCAUAUUGAGGAGAUGGUAAUGAGCGCGUUUGCAUUGUUGCAUGGAAAUACUCCGUUUCCGGCCGCAAUUCGGGGCCGGCGAGGGUGGCGCGGGCCCAAGAGAGCCCGCAGCGGGCGCCCGGCCUGGUGGCCGCAGCUGGCCCUCAACGGGAUCGCGGGUGCUCGGCCCGGGGAGGAAGUGACCUCUCGGAGAGCUCGGCCCGGCCGCCGCCGCCUCCUUGGGCUUCUCCACAAAGGCCGGCCGCACUCCCCUCAUUAAAGCCUCGUUACGGGAACCCCCGCCUCGCUCGAGAAGGUUCCCUCACGCCCCCACCCGUGGGCCUCUGCCCCUCCCCCUCCCCUGAUGCUUCGAGGCCUGUGAUGGAGCGCCACCAGGAAAUUAGUGCCUGACAACGUCGUCGUCUAGUGGCAAUGAAUUGUUUGAAAUGAGUGACACGUCGCGGGAUCAAACACAGCCUCAUUGUGUCCCCGGCUCCACUCACUCCUUAAUCUGGAAGGGCGCAGCGGCUUCGCUGGGCCAGGGAAGGUUGCCACAGGCCCCUGGCUUGUCCCUGCCGGGCUCCGGCCUGGGCUCAGCCUGACAGAGCCGACCUGGAGGACAUGCCCAGUCAUUCUAGAGGGGGCAUGUCCCUCUCUGAGAAGGUCCCCAGAGCUCAGGAGACAGGACCGGGCCUGCCUCUCAAAGAGGUGAAGGUGUAUGAAAGUCAGGACUUGCAGGGAGCAAAUUCCCAGUCGAGCUCAGAGGGAACCGACUGCUGGAACAGUCAGAAAGGCCUGGAUGCCCAGCUCCAGACGCAGCAGAGCGGGGAACCUCUGGGUGUUGGACAGUUUGCCCUCAUCCGCCGGCCUCCUCCCAACUCGAAACUGGGAAAGCUGAGAAAACAUCAGGAUCUGGGCUUGUCUGGAGUCAGCGGUGUUGAGUUUCCCAAACUUCAAGCCCUCCGCCACCACCUCUGCUAUUGUUUAACAUUUUUCCUUAAGUUGACUCAUUUCAAAUACUUAAAUACAUGUUUUGGGAAAGAAAACCUGAUACGGCUACUGUAAAUUGAAAAGUGGGUGUUACUCACCAUAAAGGGAAAUGGGAAGAGAUAAAAAACAACUAAAAGCAAGUGAUCUAAAACAUUUGAGCCACGGUGCUUGCUCGGGAAUCACUUCUAGAGGAUGCGUGCGUGUGUGUGUGUGUGUGUGUGUAUUGAUUAGCAAGUGUUGGAAUUAUUAAAUACUGGAUCUUUUUCAGAAGAGAUGGGAGAAUUGAAAAGGGGAUGCUUCUUAUUCCUCAACAAUAUUAAUUCUCUGCCUCUAAGAGAAAUCAUACUGAGGACCCCAAAGGCCACAGCACCGUAGGGUUUAGUUAAUAUAAUUCUCUGUUGAAGAGUAUGUAAAAAAAAAAAAUUAGGAUUGAAUAAAAACGUGUUGCCUUAUUAUAAUUUA